GCAAGAAAAGCAGCAAAAGAAUAUAAGAAGAGAAACCAGCAGCAGAAACAAAAUAAUAAUAUUUAGCAACGUAUAUAGUUUGUUAUAGUAAAGAAUGGGAAGAGUACGCAGAAUUAAUAUUAAUCUAUGGAGUGGUUGUUUGGUAUUGGUAUUGUUAAACAUAACAAGCAUAGACAAGGGUGAUGCUGAGUUGAAAAUGGAGAAAGAAGAGAAGGCCAUGUUCGUGUUUGGGGAUUCAAUUUUUGACCCUGGAAACAUUGUAUAUGUGAAAGGCCGUGAAAAGUGGUUGGAAUCACUUCACUGGCCUUAUGGAGAAACAUACUUCAAACAUCCCACUGGAAGAUUCUCAGAUGGCCGCAUAGUCCCUGAUUUCAUAGCUACUUUGGCAGGGUUGCCUAUGCUUUCACCAUAUCUGCAACCACACCCUACUCCAUUUACUUAUGGUGCUAACUUCGCUGCUGGUGGAGUCGGUGUUAUCGUUGGUCAGAUUAAUCUUCCAACACAAUUGAAUUAUCUCAAGCAAGUAGUGAAGUCACUGAAACAGGAACUAGGAGACAGAGGAGCCAAGAGAAUUUUGGAAAAAGCUGUUUACUUGUUCAGUUUUGGUGGCAACGACUACCUUAACUUUCACAGCCAAAACCCCAACAGUACUAAGUCAGAGAGGAGGAUAUACAUUGACCUUGUGAUUGGCAACCUCACUAAUGGCAUCAAGGCUGUAUAUAGUGUAGGAGGCAGGAAAUUUGCAUAUCUAAACAUAAUGCCUAUAGGUUGUGCACCGAUCAGCAGAGUAGUGAGUAGUGGUGCUUGUGAACAAGAGUUGAUGGAAAUGGCAAGAGAACACAACAAAGCUUUCUCCAAAGCUCUUAAGAAGUUAGAGAGGGAGCUACCAGGAUUUAGAUACUCAAUAUUUGAUUAUUAUAAAUCAAUUAUAGACAGAAUAAAGCAUCCAUAUAAAUAUGGACUUAAGGAGAGUAAGACAGCAUGUUGUGGUGUUGGUCCCUUCAGGCGUAGUGGUUGCGGAGAAAACCGGACAUUUGAGGUAUGCAGUGAACCGUUUGAAUAUUUAUGGUUUGAUCAAGGGCAUCCAACUGAAAAGGUGAAUCUCCAAAUAGCUGAUCUCAUAUGGAGUGGUCCACCAAAUCUAUGUGCACCUUACAAUGUCAAGACGUUAUUCGGAUAUUAAUAGUAUUUGUAAUUUUUAUCAUAUACUAUAUAUGUUUAAUUAAUUAGAUAUUAAGGGACUCAAUAAUGUAAUGCAUCAAACCAUUAGCUAAUUGCCAUCAAGAUAUUUCAUAUGGAAC